CACCGACCGACCAUGCGGCUCACGAUUCUGGCGCUCUUCGCGCUCGUGUUUGCCGUCUCGGCGCUGGCCUGGGACAAGAACGACUAUGAGAUCUUUGAUCUCGUGAGCGCGCUGCAGGCGUCCGAGGGCAAAGGAACCACCUUCUACUCGGUCCUCGGGCUCGAGACCUCUGCGACCACGCCGGAAAUCACAAAGGCCUACCGCCGCAAGUCGCUCCAGUGGCACCCGGACAAGAACCCCGGCGUCAAGGACAUUGAGGCGCGGUUUGCGCGUCUCGGUGUGAUUGCGCAGAUCCUGCGUGAUGGCGAGAGAAGGGAGAGGUAUAAUUUCUUCCUCAAGAACGGCGUGCCCACCUGGAAGGGCUUCGGCUACGCGUACACGCGCUGGCGCCCCGGACUCGGCUUCGUCUUCACCUUCCUGGCGGUGCUGACGGCGGGCAUGCACUACAUUGUCCUGCGGCUCAACUAUGCGCGCGACGUGCGCCGCGUCGAGUACUUCAAGACGACGGCGCAGCGCCUCGCGCGCGGCGCGCAGGGACGGCGCAAGGUCAAGGUGCCGAUGGUUGAGGGCGCUGUUGGCGGCGAGGGGCUCGAGCUGGUCGUUGAUGGCGAGGACGUGUUCUUGCCCCACGACGACGGAUCCCUCGCCUACCUCGACGAGCUGGCGACCCUGCCGUCCGUCCUGCGCACCUGGCCCUUCCGCCUCAUCAUCGGCACGUACCGCCGCUUCGUGCCGGCCAAGGAGGAGGCGUACGACGAGGGCGAGGACGAGGACGAGGACGAGGACGACAACACCGAGGCGACCAACGGCUUCGAGGUGCCCGACCCCGACACGCCGACGCCUGCCCCCCGUCCCCGUGGCCGCGCGGCCGAGCUCCGUGCCCUCCGCCAGAAGAAGAGCAAGGCCGCCAAGGGCAAGGGCGGCAGCAGCGGACGCGAGAGCGGUGACUCGACCCCCGCCGAGUCGACCGCCGCCGAGGACUCGGAGGCCGACGCUAAGCGCAAGCCUGGCGCUGGCAAGGCCGCCGGCGCGCGCCGUCGCAAGCUCGCUAUGAAGAAGUAG